CAAACGACAACCCGUAAAUUGGACCUCAUCGGCAGGUGCAAUAGUUCGACAACAUCGCAAAUAUGGCUGCCGUUCAGGGAGGUGCUAUCUCGAAGCGCAGAAAGUUCGUCGCAGACGGUGUUUUCUACGCCGAGCUGAACGAGUUCUUCCAGCGCGAGCUGGCUGAGGAGGGUUACUCGGGCGUUGAGGUCCGCGUUACCCCGACUGUCACGGACAUCAUCAUCCGUGCCACCCACACCCAGGAGGUUCUCGGAGAGCAGGGUCGCCGCAUCCGUGAGCUCACCUCUCUCAUCCAAAAGCGAUUCAAGUUCCCCGAGAACUCCGUCUCGCUCUAUGCCGCCAAGGUCCAGAACCGUGGUCUGUCCGCUGUCGCUCAGUGCGAGUCCCUCCGCUACAAGCUUCUUAACGGUCUUGCUGUGAGAAGAGCAUGCUAUGGUGUCCUCCGUUUCAUCAUGGAGAGCGGUGCCAAGGGCUGCGAGGUCGUCGUUUCUGGCAAGCUCCGUGCUGCCCGUGCCAAGAGCAUGAAGUUCACUGACGGUUUCAUGAUCCACUCCGGUCGUCCCGCUCACGACUUCAUCGACUCUGCCACUCGUCACGUUCUCCUCCGCCAGGGUGUCCUCGGUAUCAAGGUCAAGAUCAUGCGUGGCUCUGACCCCGAGGGCAAGUCCGGCCCCCAGAAGUCUCUUCCCGAUGCCGUCACUAUCAUCGAGCCCAAGGAGGAGCAGGUUGUCGUCCAGCCCAUGAGCCAGGACUACGGUGCCAAGGCUCUGGCCGCCCAGCAGGCUGCUGAGCAGCAGCGUCUUGCUGAGCAGCAGGAGCAGUCCGCUCAGGGUGGUGAGCCGGCGCAGCAGGAGUAAAAUAUAACGAAAUAGAUAAGAGGGCUCUUGUUGUUGGGCUCAAAUAUUCUGUACCUUUAGGCCGAGUAUCAAAAAAGGCUUUUCUCGGAUCAACAAGGCGUGUGAUUUAGUGGGCUCCAAGAGCAUUUCCAUUCGAAUUGAUAUUCAUGAGUGAUAAAAAAACUCAAAUUUACUUCGCCUUUGGAUAUUUGUCGUAGUGUGAAAUUACGUACACAGGCUGAACCUUUUGUAGCAUCAUUUAAAUGCCACUAGCUCCCUCAAGAUCCACAGGUUUGAAUCGAUCGGCAUGAAACAGAAGGGCAGUAAUAAAACCAAAGAGAUUCAAAUGAGAACAGACAUUUAUUCCGGGUCUAGCUCUAGGGAGAAGUAUUCAUUGCAUCUGCAACGCUGUCUGCAGAAACCGUAGCAAAAUACCUCACAUCCACAUCAUCGUCCUGCUGC